ACUUCCUGUGUAGCAGAAAACGUUAUGGAAAAGUAUGAAACUUACGUUGUUUUUAAUAGUUUUAGUACUUUUACAUAAUUCACAAGCGAGAUUAUAUCACUUUAAAGGUAAUGUAGACCCAUAUGAUAAGAAAUAUGGCCAUUUUUCUGAAAAGGACCGUUUGGAAAGCCUGGAAUCAGUUCGAAAAGUAUUUACCUUUGGAUACGACAAUUACAUGAAAUAUGCCUAUCCCUUAGACGAACUAAACCCCAUUUACUGUGAAGGAAGAGGUCCGGACUACGAUAAUCCAUCAAAUAUUAAUAUUAAUGAUGUGUUGGGGGAUUACAUGCUGACUUUGGUGGACACUUUAGACACUCUUGCUAUAAUGGGAAAUGAAACUGAGUUUAAGAGAGCUGUUCAGUUGGUUAUUGAUAACUUGUCCUUUGACAAACCAACAACUGUACAAGUGUUUGAAGUCACAAUCAGAAUCUUGGGAUCUCUUCUAUCCACACAUCUCAUUAUUACAGACCAGGAACAGCCAUUUGGAGACAUGAGGCUAAAAGAUUAUAACAAUGAGCUACUGUUGCUAGCUAAUGACAUAGCUUCUAGGUUACUACCAGCUUUUGAAAAUACAGCCACAGGGAUACCAUUUCCUAGAGUAAAAUUAAAUGAAGGAGUUCCGGAGAAUUGUGUUAAUGAGACAUGUACAUCAGGGGCUGGGUCAUUGGUGCUAGAAUUUGGUAUUCUGUCACGCCUGACUGGGGAUCCUAUUUAUGAAUCCUAUGCAAGACGAGCCGUCAAACGGUUGUGGGAGUAUCGCUCAAACAUUACUGGCUUACCAGGGAAUGUGAUUAAUAUUCAGACUGGACAGUGGUUGGGACAGAUGAGUGGCCUUGGUGCAGGAUUUGACUCUUUUUAUGAAUAUUUACUUAAGACCUACAUAUUGUUUGGUGAAACUGAAGACUACAAAAUGUUCAAAGAAUUAUAUGAGUCCAUAAAAUUUCAUAUGAGAAGAGGGAGAUUAAAAUGUAACAAAGGUGAUGGAAACCCUCCAAUAUAUGUCAAUGUAAACAUGAAAACUGGUGACACCAUUAAUCAUUGGAUUGAUUCGCUGCAGGCAGCUUGGACAGGAGUACAGGUGUUAAAUGGAGACAUUGAUGAAGCAAUAUGUUCUCAUGCCCUGUAUUAUUCUAUAUGGAAGAAGUUCGAUGUUCUACCAGAGCGAUAUAAUUGGUAUCUUCGUGUCCCAGAAGUGAACUUUUAUCCUCUUCGACCAGAGUUGAUUGAGUCCACAUACUUUUUAUAUCAAGCAACCAAAAACCCAUUCUACCUCCAUGUAGGUCGAGACAUUUUGUACAACCUGAUCAACUACACUCAGGCUGAAUGUGGCUAUGGAACUGUGCAUGAUGUAAAUGAUAAAUCACUUGAGGACAGAAUGGAAAGCUUUUUCCUUAGUGAAACAUGUAAAUACUUGUAUUUGUUAUUUGACAAAGACAACCAUCUAAACAAGGCACAGUCUAAAUAUGUAUUUAAUACAGAAGGUCAUAUGUUCCCAAUUAGUAGUCGAUUCCGGAGAAAGCCAUGGGAAACUGAUGAGAAGAAGCCAUCUGCCUCUAAAACUGUCCUAAGUGUCGUUAAAGUUAUGAAGAACUCAACAUUCUCUAAUUGUGAGGCCGUGUCAGAUGAACAGCGAUUCUUUAUGCCAAUGAAAAGCCCUUAUUAUCAACAGAUGAAGAGUGCUGUAGGAAAUGGUGAUUGAUAAGCAAGCAGUCACCUACCUUCCUUCUGUACAACUAUGAGUGGGUUGGGUGUUUGAUCGCUUCCAAAAUGUUCCUGGAUAUUUAUUCCUAUGCCAAAUAAGAUUUUCACCCUAUCACUUACAGAUAAGAGAAAUCCACCAAUAUGUUAAAAGGGUUGAUUUAUUUUGUUAACCCCCCCCCCCCCCCCCCCCAACACACACACAGAGAUUUUAAUGAGUUUAUGGAAACAUUAACCUGUGAGAUUCUAAACCUAUGUAAGCAAGAACAGAAAAGUAUGCUGCACUAACCAUUGUGGUCUUAUUAGAAUAAAUGCUUUGAAGUAGGUUUAAGUCAUAAACAUCAUAGAAUUAUAUUCCUCAAAAUUUAUUCCAAGAACAAAAUUGAGAAAAAAGGGGAAAUUAUUUAUAAAGUUAUAAAGGGGCAUUUUUACAGUCCUCAAACUUACUGUGAUAAUGAUUUAGAAUUACAGAUAAGACAAUUUGUGAUAAACAUAAAUUGUAAACAAUGUACAUUGUAUAUACAUCUACUGUAUUAUAAGUUAUAAUCUUUUGGGAUUUUUUCUUUUCUGAUAAAACUGUGACAUUAACACUGCUGUGCAGGUUGUCAGGAAAAAUUGAUGGGAUUUUUUUCUUUACAAAAUCACAAAUAGGUACCAAAUUCUGAUGGAUAAUGGAGUUCACUCUGAAAAGCAAGAAAGCAAAAGUGAAUUCAAAAUCAUCUGAUAUUUUCUUUAUAUGAGAGCAAUAAUAGUGGGGGUUUUUUUUGUUUUUUGUUUUGUUUGUUUUUUUUUAACAAGUUGUUGAGGAAAAUUUAAUUCAGUGAUAUUGCCAUCAAUGUUUUUCAUCAUACAAGUUGACUAGCAGUGUGUAUACUUUUAUUUUUCUGUCUACACAUAUUAUACCAUUUUCAUCAUAUUAGAGUUAUUUUAAAUGAAAGUUGAUAGCACAUACCUGACGUUGCAUUAGAAUGUUAAGGGUCUUCCACUAUGCACAGAAAAGUAUGCCUUAGUUAAUCAAAAUAAUUACAUGUAUGAAAUUCUAAGUUUACAUUACAUCAUCUGGUAUUUUAUGGAGUUUUUCUUUGUUAAAAUAAAGAGUCGGAUUACCAAUACAUCUUA